UAAUGCAUUAUAUUUGCUUGGCAACAUGAUGGAAUAGUUAAAAGCUUUGAAACAGGAUGAGUAUUGGAAGGUUGGGGUUUUUGAAUCAAGAAGUAUUUGUUGUUCUACAGGUGGUAGCAUUUAUUUCCACUAUGACGCAUAUGAAUCUGUACUUUUGAAUGUUGUGUUAUGUCUUGCCACGAACCCUGUAUAUUUAGCCAAGAUAGACAAGGUUGAGCUCACAAUGUCAGACUGGCAUACGUAAGACAACGUAACCGUGUUGUGCCGCCAGCACAUAUGUCUUAUACUUUACUGCUUUCUUAUUCAGCCGAAUUUUCUCCAUGAGUUGAACUUUCGUUUCAGAUGGUCUGCAGUCGACAAUGUCAUAUAUUCCUGUAUGGUCGCCUUCAGACUACUCAUGGUUAGGGCGACAGUAUCAGAUUCCCGGACCUUAUUUUAACUGAAGCAAUCCAUGACAAUGACACUGACGUUGUUUAAAAUGGGCAAUAGCCGAUGUUCCAACCAGUCUGUGAACACAUCACCUCCUUGUGAAAAUCACCAGUUUCUUUUUCGCCUCGAAAACUAGCACACAUCCAUCAAUAAGCCCCAUAUCAUGGGUUGCGGCAUGCAAAACAAUUUUUUAAUUUACCUUUACCUGACGGUACCAUAGGUGCUUUUUGUCCAUCUGCCGAUAGCCACAUGUAGUCAAUAGAAUGAUUCAUCAAGGUAAAUUAUCUGGACGCCCUGACUUUGAUAGUUAUGAUGGUUCGGAGAUAAUGUGACCUCAUAGACAGGAUGGAAUAUUUUCCCCUAAAAACUGCUCUGUCAUCGAAAUCCCAUCUCUUGGUGAGCAAUAGUUAGUGCAGUCAGGGAAACAUUAAUCGUAUCUUUAAUUUCCUCCCAAAUUCUACUACAAGUCAGGGUUACCUUCUGCUCAUAAAGCUUGUACACUAUACGCCUAAUCACCCUGUAUCAAAGCUGUCUAAUAUCCUUUUAUGUCCCGGUUUUGUUUUUUGAGACCACCCCUAUACCUGUUUUGUUUUAUUCAUCAUUCCGUAGACUUGAUGGUAUGAAUUGAAAACACCAUAGCUUGGAAAGUUUGAUAACUCACCCUAUCUAAAUUAAUCAAUGGUUUCCCGCUAUCUCUCAAAAGUGUAAAGAACUUGUAUAUAUUUCCCAGUACAGACUCCAUAUCAUGUACCAUGGUUAUGGCUAUGCAAGUGUAUUGUAACAUGCAUCAUGGGAGCAGUGUUGACAAAAGAAACGCAGUGUCAUUUUGUCAUUAUAGAAGAUGCACAUCUAGAAUUUUGUCCAAAUGACUUUUAUGUGUGGAUUAGAUGUUUUAUGAAGACUACAUUAUUAUCAUUAUAACAGAGUCACAUGUGCAUAUUUCAAUAGUCUGUUUUAGAUUGUCAUCAUUGGACUUAGAAUAUAUGUGAACUUCCUGUUUUCGUUCGCAUUUGUCUCCUGUAAACUUGUCGAUAGGACUCCUUGUGACUGAAAUACUUCAAACCACAGGUGCAAAUGAGCAAGGCAUACGGAACAGCAUACCUGCUUUCUGCAUGUCCCACCAAAAAGAAGUGGUGGUGAUGUCAAAUGCUUCAACUGUAUUGAUUGUUGUUUGGCUGGAAGUGAAGAACCCUGGUUGAUCCACUGUCAGAAAUCUUUGCAAGAACCAUUCGGGAUCAGCUGCAAACAGAGCAAGAUAAUCACCCAACAAGUUGAAGCUUUCUUGAUUGCCAAAGUUCCUGUGAUUAUGGAAUGUACUCUCCAGCUUCAAGAUCGAGAGGUGUCGUCCAGGGAAUUGGAAAAUGAAGCCAUCAGUUCCGAUAUUAACACUGAUGACCGUGACCAUGGACGAAAAUCUAAACCUGAACCCAAGUAUCGUGUGAAAACCCCAACAAGUCCUCCCAAAAACAAACGGAAGAAUGAAGUUGUUAUGGUCAUCUUUGACUUUAGUUACUUGCUCACGUGUGCCGGUAUUCUUCGUGUAUUACAAGUCAUCCUGUCAAUGAUGACACUGGUGUGCCUGGUAACGUCUGGUGGAUAUGAAGGUGGACUUCUCAACCUGCCCCUCAGCUGGCAUUUCCGUAUCAUGAUAUUCGUCCUCAUCCUAACCCUCCUCUUCAGCUUCCUCUCCAUCCUUGCCAACAUCACUAGCCUUGUCUUCGUCUUCCCUUUUGAGUGGACUUUCAUUGACUUGAUACUGUAUUCAGUAUUUGCCUUUCUAUACCUGGUGGGAACAUCCCUUGUUGCUAGUGCUUUUGACUUCUAUAUCAAGAUGCAGACCAAUGUAUCCCAAGAAACCAUUCAUCAACUGGUUGUGUGUGUGGUGUUUGGCUACAUCUGUAUGGCGUUCUAUGGUCUAACAGCUCUGUGCAGCUACAGAACAUGGAAGGUGCAGUAUCGUCUGUAUCAGAGGAGGAGACUUCUUGAAGAGGAUGAAAUUGAUAUCUGAGAUCUGAUAGAGAAAAACAAACUGUGCAACAAACAAGAAGAAUCAUUUAAUGUGAGGCCUGGAAAGUGAACUGGUAUUCACUAAGGAAUUACACUUGUUGAUUGAUUUGUAUUAUUUUGUGCUGCAUUAAGCGUAGGUACUGUUAGGUCCAGUGUACUGUAUCUCCAUUCUAUUAUGGUAAAUACGCUGUACCCACUGGCUGCCAUAGCUUAAUUUAAAAUACGAUUAUUACGGCACACAGCUAAAAAUAGCUGUCCAUUUAAAUUACGCUCAAGAGAAAUUAUGUGCGAAGGUUAGAGAUAGAAAAAAUUGAGGUGGGUGGGUGUCAAGGAAGGGGUCAAGGAUGUUUAUCAUAUACAAUGGAGAUAUUAUACACUGUAUUAUUAAGGAUAUGUCAGUUGACUCUUCAUGUUCUCUAUGUAGCUGUCCUUGUUAUUGACAGUAAAGUUUGCUAGCAUGUGGGCCAGUACAUUUCAGCAUGGGCCUUGCCAGAUGAUAAUGGAUUAAUUCAGUGCCCCAAAUUUACCUCCUGAAGUCCUUCAUGGAGAUUCCAGGUUAGAGUGGGUUCUCAGCAAUCUAUGCUUGUGAUGCGAGGCAACUUGAUAGAUACAUGUAGGUGGUGAGACUCAAUGAUUUGGUUGAUUAUGUGACAUUAUACUCCUGAGCACCAGUAAGUCAGUCGCCUCCUACAACCAGCAUAGGUUCCUGGGGUUGUACAGUAAACUAUGGUUAUAACAAACUUAAAGGGACCACUAAAUUUAGUCUGUAAUAUCCAUUGUUUGUUAUAAGCACAUAUACAGCAUAAUUAUAGCAAAUGGAUGGGGUCCAAAACAGUUCAUUAUAUCCAUCAGUUCGUUAUAAGCGUGUUCAUUAUAAAGGUAGUUUACUGUACAUUCAAACUAAUUUUGAAUGAUGAAGCUGGUUUGGGAGGUUUUCAUUACAGAAUGUAGAAUACUGAUGUUAGCAUUCAUAUCUCUUUUUCCCUUUCUUGUUUUACAGUGAUAUUUUUUUUAACAGAUUGAAAUAUAAAAUGACAUAUUAUAUCCAGGCCUGAUUCAUCUCCGACUCCCAGUCAGCUGUUUGCAAGAACAUCCCUACAAAUACAUUGUAUGUCUUACUAAAUUCAGCAGCAUUUAAGAACAAGUGUACAUGCAUUGUUUUACACCACUUGUGUUCAGUUCAAACCCAUAUCAUAUUUAAUGGUUUAGUUUUACAUACUACCUGCUACAUAUCCUCCAUGCAUGACCCCGACAUAUCUAUCAUGAGGUUCAGAUAAUAUUUACAUGUUUUAUUUGUUUAAUAUAUGAUACAGUUAUUGAAAACAAAGAAAUAGAAUUGUAUUCCUUUACCAUAUGUAUUUACAAUAUAAAUGUUGACAUAACUGUUUGUAUCUCAACAGAACAGUCCUUGUGUAAUGUAUGUUAUUAUAUUUCUUAUUUUUGACUGUCUUCCAACUUAAAAUCCCUAUCUCUGCCCAGGAGUUGAAACAUUUUGUUGAACUGCUGACGUUUCUCAUUCGUCUUGAUCCAUGCAGGGUAUUUAUUUAUCCUUUGAUACUUCUUGGGGUGCAAAACACCAUAUUCUGAGGCGGAGAGGAGUAGCAUCUUUUGUGCAGAUGUUUUAAGCAUUUAAUAUAUUCUCCAGCCAUGAACUUCCAUACGGUCAUACCACAUUUUCUACUCAUUUGGUAAAGCUUCAAUAAAAGAUCUUAAAACUUAAUCAGUGACUUCUAGUGAGUUGCACUGUGUGAAUCAUAUAAGGGUAUCGCUAUUUUCAGGGCCUUAUCAUUUGCAGAAGCCUGAGGUCUUCCAUUAACUGCCUGACGAAGGAGGGCAGUUGAAAAGACUGAGGGCUUCUGCACAUGAUAAUGCCCUGAUAAAUAGCGUUACCGUUAUUAUAGAUAAAAUGGAUGGAAUUUGUUAUCAAAUAAAAAGAAACAACAAUAUCGGUUUUGAAACAUUUACUGCAAUCAACAGGAAUGUCACUGACCCACUUUUACAAA